GAAGAUCUGCCAGCACUGCAAAUGCCCGCGGGGGGAGCACGUGGGGGGCGGGGUGCCCCCCGCCCUGCAGGGGGUCCUGGCGCGGCUGCUCCCCGACCCCCACCCCCGCUCUGGGGACUCGGGGGGCGCGGCCGAGGGGUUCGCCUGGGCCCCCCCCGGCCUCAGCCCCGACCAGGUGUGCCAGUUCUUCUCGCUGCUCCCCCCCGCGCUGGUGCCGCGGCUCCGCAGCCCCGGGGAGCGGCACCGGCUGCGGGAGCUGCUGCGGCAGCUGCCCCCGCACGACCUCGAGCCCCAGUUUUGCCACGACCUGGACGAGGUCGAGCGUCGGGAAUUUAAACUUUUCGCCCAACGCCGAAAACGGGAAAAUUUGGGCCAAGGGAGUGUCCGACCCCUCCCCCUGACCAGCGUGGGGGCCGUCUGCCA